GCCGCGUCGCCGAGCAUGGAGCGGAGGAGCGAGAGCCCCUGCCUGCGGGACAGCCCCGACCGGGGCAGCGGCAGCCCCGACGCCAAGGGCCCCCCGCCCGGGAAGGUGGCGCGGCUGGAGCAGAACGGCAGCCCCGUGGGCGCCCGCGGGAGGCCCAACGGCGCCGUCGCCAAGCCCGUGGGAGGUUUGAUGAUUCCCGUCUUUUGUGUGGUGGAGCAGUCAGAUGCCUCUCUUGAAUACGAUAAUCGAGAAGAGCAUGCUGAGUUCGUUCUGGUUCGCAAAGAUGUGCUCUUUAGCCAGCUGGUGGAGACAGCGCUCCUGGCUCUGGGGUAUUCCCACAGUUCUGCAGCUCAGGCACAAGGAAUAAUCAAGCUUGGGAGGUGGAAUCCCCUCCCUCUCAGUUAUGUGACUGAUGCACCAGAUGCGACAGUAGCCGACAUGCUACAAGAUGUCUAUCAUGUUGUGACAUUGAAAAUCCAAUUACAAAGUUGUUCAAAGUUGGAAGACUUGCCAGCAGAGCAGUGGAACCACGCCACAGUUCGCAAUGCCUUAAAGGAACUGCUCAAAGAGAUGAAUCAGAGCACACUAGCCAAAGAAUGCCCUCUCUCCCAGAGUAUGAUUUCAUCCAUUGUAAAUAGCACAUACUAUGCCAAUGUGUCAGCAACCAAGUGCCAGGAGUUUGGGAGAUGGUACAAAAAGUACAAGAAGAUUAAAGUGGAAAGAGUGGAAAGAGAAAACCUUUCAGACUAUUGCGUUCUCGCCCAGCGUCCCAUGCACUUACCAAAUAUCAACCAGCUGGCAACCUUGGGAAAAACUAACGAACAGUCUCCUCAUGGCCAGAUUCACCACAGUACUCCAAUCCGAAACCAAGUGCCAACGAUGCAGACAAUGAUAAACCCGGGGCUCCUGUCGCCUCAGCUCAGUCCACAACUGGUAAGGCAGCAGAUAGCAAUGGCCCAUCUGAUAAACCAACAGAUUGCCGUCAGCCGGCUGUUGGCUCACCAGCACCCUCAAGCUAUCAACCAACAGUUCUUGAAUCAUCCACCCAUCCCUCGAGCUGUCAAACCAGAGCCAUCGAGUUCAUCGGUGGAAGUCUCUCCAGAUAUUUACCAGCAAGUCAGAGAUGAGCUGAAGAGAGCCAGUGUGUCUCAAGCUGUCUUUGCAAGAGUAGCAUUCAACCGCACACAGGGCUUGCUGUCAGAGAUCCUGCGCAAGGAAGAAGACCCUAGGACAGCUUCCCAAUCCCUCCUGGUAAACUUAAGGGCAAUGCAGAAUUUCCUCAACCUGCCUGACUCAGAGCGGGAUCGUAUAUAUCAGGACGAGAGAGAGAGAAGUAUGAACCCCAAUGUGAGCAUGGUGUCUUCAGCAGCUAGCAGCCCGAGCUCCUCCAGAACCCCCCAGGCCAAAACCUCGACACCAACAACAGACCUCCCCAUUAAGGCGGACGGCGCCAACGUCAACAUCACAGCUGCCAUUUAUGACGAGAUCCAACAGGAGAUGAAAAGGGCCAAGGUAUCUCAAGCUCUGUUUGCCAAAGUGGCUGCCAAUAAAAGUCAGGGCUGGCUGUGUGAGCUGCUCCGCUGGAAAGAAAACCCAAGUCCGGAAAACCGCACCCUUUGGGAGAACCUCUGCACCAUUCGCCGCUUCCUGAACCUUCCCCAGCACGAGAGGGAUGUGAUCUAUGAGGAGGAGUCCAGACAUCACCACAGUGAGCGUAUGCAGCAUGUUGUCCAGCUUACUCCUGAGCCUGUGCAGGUCCUCCACAGACAGCAGUCCCAGCCUGCAAAGGAGACUUCACCACCUAGAGAAGAAGCUCCUCCUCCACCUGCUGAGGACACUUGUGCCAAAAAGCCAAGAUCCCGUACCAAGAUAUCCUUGGAGGCUCUAGGUAUCCUUCAAAGCUUUAUCCACGAUGUAGGUCUCUACCCUGAUCAGGAAGCCAUUCACACCCUGUCUGCUCAGCUGGAUCUCCCCAAACACACCAUCAUCAAAUUCUUCCAGAACCAGCGUUACCAUGUAAAGCACCAUGGGAAGCUAAAAGAGCAUUUGGGAACAGUGGUUGACGUGGCGGAGUACAAGGAUGAGGAGCUGCUGACAGAGUCAGAGGAGAACGACAGUGAGGAGGGCUCUGAGGAGAUGUACAAAGUGGAGCCUGAAGAGGAGAACCCCGACAAAAGCAAGGCAGCCCCAGUGGACAUCGACCAGAGAUAA